UCUGGAUGAGGGAAUUGAAGGCAAUAUCUCCAAGUUUGCGGAUGACACUAAGCUGGGGGGCAGUGUUAGCUGUGAGGAGGAUGCUAGGAGACUGCAAGGUGACUUGGAUAGGCUGGGUGAGUGGGCAAAUGUUUGGCAGAUGCAGUAUAAUGUGGAUAAAUGUGAGGUUAUCCAUUUUGGUGGCAAAAACGGGAAAGCAGACUAUUAUCUAAAUGGUGGCCGAUUGGGAAAGGAGGAGAUGCAGCGAGACCCUGGGUGUCAUGGUACACCAGUCAUUGAAGGUAGGCAUGCAGGUGCAGCAGGCAGUAAAGAAAGCGAAUGGUAUGUUAGCUUUCAUUGCAAAAGGAUUUGAGUAUAGGAGCAGGGAGGUUCUACUGCAGUUGUACAGGGUCUUGGUGAGACCACACCUGGAGUAUUGCGUACAGUUUUGGUCUCCAAAUCUGAGGAAGGACAUUAUUGCCAUAGAGGGAGUGCAGAGACGGUUCACCAGACUGAUUCCUGGGAUGUCAGGACUGUCUUAUGAAGAAAGACUGGAUAGACUUGGUUUAUACUCUCUAGAAUUUAGGAGAUUGAGAGGGGAUCUUAUAGAAACUUACAAAAUUCUUAAGGGGUUGGACAGGCUAGAUGCAGGAAGAUUGUUCCCGAUGUUAGGGAAGUCCAGGACAAGGGGUCACAGCUUAAGGAUAAGGGGGAAAUCCUUUAAAACCGAGAUGAGAAGAACUUUUUUCACACAGAGUGUGGUGAAUCUCUGGAACUCUCUGCCACAGAGGGUAGUUGAGGCCAGUUCAUUGGCUAUAUUUAAGAGGGAGUUAGAUGUGGCCCUUGUGGCUAAGGGGAUCAGAGGGUAUGGAGAGAAGGCAGGUACGGGAUAAUGAGUUGGAUGAUCAGCCAUGAUCAUAUUGAAUGGUGGUGCAGGCUCGAAGGGCCAAAUGGCCUACUCCUGCACCUAAUUUCUAUGUUCUAAGUGGUGUUCAAAAUCUCUUUGAUGUUUGUAAUUGCAUUAGUGUCGUUUGUGUUGAUAUUUAUCCACUUCUGAACUCAUUAACCGCACUUGGAGUAUGCUUCCGCUGCUUGGAACCCCGGUACCAAGAAAAAUAAAGAAUUUCUUCAAAAUGUUCAACGAAGAACAGCCCGGUUUGUGUGCGGCGACUUCAUACAACAAUCCAGUGUAACCAAAAUGCUCACUGACUUAAACUGGGACUCCCUUGAAACCAGGCGCCAGAUGUUCAGACGGACUACCCUUCACAAGAUCAUCAACCAGGACAUCGAUCUCGAUGCUGACUUACACGUCAAAUAGAAAACACCAAGAUCCAGAAGAAGGUACAACAAACAAUUUGUAGUUCAACAACACACAUCUACUCCCUGCAUCCAGUCAUUUUUCCCUGAAGCAAUUUCCCUUUGGAAUGCCCUCCCACAAUCCUCUGUUGACAUGCCCACCUACGCAACCCUCAAGACCUCCAUCCAGGCCCACAGACUGCACAGCAACCGCUAGACCAGACCCACUCUAGUCAACUUCCAGUAUAGUCCCUGGUGGACUCUUCGGGAGCGAUGACCACAAGGUACGAAGGUACAAGGAUACUAUCUUGAACCGCUAAAGAUACAUGCUAGUGGGCAUAUUGACUGGUUGCAUCAUGAUGUUUCAGCAACUCGAACAUCCAGGAACAGAGGAGAUUACGGAGAAUGGUAGACCAUUUGGUCCAUCAUGGGUACUGACUUCCCCACCAUGGAAGGGAUCUAUAGGAGGCGUUAUCUCAAAAAGGCAUCCAGUAUAAUCAUGGACCCACACCACCCUGACAAUGCUCUCAUGUCACUCCUGCCAUCGGGAAGCAGGUAUACUAGGGGUCUGAAUAUUGUGAUGUCCAGGUACAAGAACAGCUUCUUUCCGACAACCAUCAGGCUCUUGAACACUACAAGCUCCAACUAAACUGCAAACUAACUAGGGACUCUGGACUUUUGUAUUACUCUAAUAUUGGAUAUUUUGUAAUUUAUUCAACUUUCUUUUAUUUGUGUUAUCUAUGAGUACUGAGUUUACAGACCUGUUAUAUUGCUACAAGUAAAGACUUUCAUUGUUUUGUUUUCAGUACACAAGACAAUUAUACAUCUUGACUCCAGCACUUUGCUUUGCUUACGAAUGCAGCAUCUGCAGUUCCUUACGUCUCCAUGACAAUAAUAUGUUUGCGCCAAUGAUCAAAUUCACCGGAAAUAUAACAUUCCUAUCCCAAGCCUGGAUUGAACUUAAUAUAGUACCAUAUUUUGUUAUAUUGCCUUGCCUUUAAAGUAAAAGCAUCAUCUAAAACAUUGUAUUUGACAGAAAUCUGAACACGUUCACUGCUUUGAGUUUUCCCAAACGCACAAUUGUGAUACUUGUAAACUGAGAUAUUUGCGGCUGCGGCAACAAAUAACCAUUAAGUUCGGCAGCAUUUGGUGUUUAGCACAAUGACCAUCUUUGAUGCGCAAAUGCCGUUAAUGUACAGAAGGUGUUAAACCUCCUUGAUACAUUUUCUCUUUCUGUUGGUUACGGCCACUACUUUCUUGAGACUGAAGCUCUUUGGAUGCGAGCUGCAGAAAUCCCCGGGCGUUGCUUCGCUUCCCCGGGAACGCGCGGCGCGAGCACCUGACCGUUGGCGCGGGUCGCCGGCGCGAGCAAGGACCGAUAGCGAGAGCUCUUCUGGCAGCCUCCACCCCUCGAAGCAAAGAAGCUCGCGCGCGAUCACCACGGCCGGCACUCGUGCGCGCGCCAGCGCCUUCGCUCGCUGCCGUUGGGCGGCCGCUCUCGCCCCGCGGGCCGCGCGCGGCGCACCCUUCCCCUUCCCCUUGCUCUCGCGAUGCUUGGUCGUUCGCCGCCGCUCCAGUCGUUCCCUCGGAGCUGGAUGCAGAGACAGAGAGCGGGCGGCUGGCGACAGGGCGAGGGAAGGGGAAAAGAUGGAGACAGCGGCGGAGCCUGCAGGGCUACGGCUCAACACACUCUCGAACCCAGCCUCCCAUGAGCUCUUAGAAAUACAGGGCUAGCAAGUGCAUGCGAAAGCCAUCCCCUUCAAAUUCUUCUAUCAAGAUUGUUGUCAUUUAGAUUUGGGAAUCAUUUUUGAGCACACAUCCUUUUAAGCAACACACCAAAGUGUGCAAUUUAUAAAAUGUGCCUGGUCGACACUGUUUGGCAUUGGAUUGGGAGAGAAAUUGGAACAAAUCGUGUUUUGAUCAAAUGUAAAUCACGAUUCCGGCAUUAAUGAACAAAUUAAUUGGUAGCGGAGACCAUGCCAGGGAUAGUGAUCUUUAGGCGGCGCUGGUCAGUGGGGAGUGAUGACUUGGUGCUGCCGGGAAUCUUCCUCUUCCUCGUUCACACUACCUGGUUUGUGGUGCUUGCUGUAGUGCUAUUCGGCUUGACCUACAGCCCCCAAGAGCCAUGUUCACUCAACUUAGUAGAUCAUGGUAGAGGUUAUUUAGGCAUUCUCAUCGCUUGUAUGAUAUCUGAGGCAGCAAUAAUCUGGCUGAGUAUGCGAGGCAGCAUUCUUUACACAGAGCCAAGAGAUUCAAUGCAGUAUAUUCUGUACAUCCGAAUGGCAAUAGUGCUAAUAGAAUUUGCAUAUGCAAUCAUAGGAAUUGUCUGGUUAGCACAGUACUAUCACUCUUGCAAUGACACCACUGCAAAGAAUGUUACCCUGGGAAUUGUAGCCUGUAAUUGGGUUGUUAUUCUGAGCGUCUGCAUCACUGUAAUGUGUGUCUUUGACCGAACGGGAAGAACGUUUGUGAAACUUCACGCAACCAAACGGCGUCAGCGAAAUCUCCGAACAUAUAAUUUACGUCAUCGGUUGGAAGAGGAACAGGCUAGUAGCUGGAGUCGACGACUGAAAUUCUUCCUUUGCUGCACCAGGACGCAGGAUACCCAGAGUGAUGCCUAUUCUGAAGUUGCUUUUCUUUUUGCUGAGUUCUUCCGAGACUUGGACAUUGUGCCCUCUGACAUCAUUGCUGGUCUUGUAAUGUUGCGACAAAGACAGAGAGCUAAACGAUUUGCUGUCUUAGAUGAGGCAAAUAAUGACAUUUUGGCCUUUCUAUCGGGAAUUCCAGUUACCAGAAAUACGAAGUACCUUGACUUGAAAAAUGCCCAAGAAAUGCACAUGUAUAAGGAAGUGUGCUACUACAUGCACUUUGCGCUGGCUGCCUACGGCUGGCCCUUGUAUUUAAUGCAAAACCCAACCUGUGGAAUCUGCAAACUGGCCAGCUCAUGCUCGUGUUGCUCUUUUUGUCAUCCUUUGCGAGCCAGGUAUGUGCCAAGUGUGACAGUUGAAGAAGACAACUGUUGCAAUUGCAAUGUCAUUGCCAUCAAACGUCACUUUCUGGAUGAGAAUUUUUCAUCAGUAGACAUCGUAUAUACUUCUUGCCACGAUGCGGUAUUUGAGACGCCAUUUUAUGUUGCUGUAGAUCAUAUGAAGAAAAAGGUGGUGAUCAGUAUUCGGGGGACGCUUUCACCAAAGGAUGCUCUGACUGAUUUGACUGGGGAUGCUGAACGAUUGCCAGUAGAGGGACAUCAUGGAACUUGGCUUGGUCAUAAGGGGAUGGUUCUAUCUGCUGAAUAUAUUAAAAAGAAACUGGAACAGGAGAUGAUUCUCUCUCAAGCCUUUGGCCGUGACCUGGGAAAAGGGACCAAGCAUUAUGGGUUAGUUGUGGUUGGACAUUCUUUAGGCGCUGGAACAGCAGCUAUUCUUUCCUUCCUGCUCAGACCACAGUAUCCUACUCUACGCUGUUAUGCUUACUCUCCACCUGGGGGUCUACUUAGUGGCGAUGCAAUGGAAUAUUCCAAGGAGUUUGUGACAUCCGUUAUCUUGGGGAAGGAUCUGGUGCCAAGACUUGGGUUGUCUCAGCUAGAAGUCUUUCGGAGACACCUGCUGGAUGUGCUACAGAAGAGCAAUAAACCCAAGUGGAGAAUUAUCGUGGGCGGCACCAAGUGUAUUCCUAAAUCGGAACUGCCAGGGGAUGAAGAUAUAACUACCAAUCAGGGUAACAGACAGUGGGCCUAUCCCAGUGACCUUACUAUUGCACUUUCUGCCAGUGUUCCACUCUACCCUCCAGGCCGGAUCAUUCAUGUAGUUCACAACCAUCCUGAGGAACAGUGUUGUUGUGGACAGGAAGAUUCGACUUAUUAUGCGAUAUGGAGUGACAACAAGACAUUGGAUGAGGUCAUAAUUUCUGCUGCCAUGCUGAACGAGCACAUGCCUCAUAUCGUCAUGGAUGGACUUAACAAGGUUCUAGCGAAUUAUAACAAAGGCAAGACAGCUUUACUUGGAGCAGCAAAGGUAAUGGUCAGCCCAACAGAGGUGGAUUUGAAUCCUGAUAUGAUUGUGCAGCAGCAGCCCCAACUAUCAGAACAUGGAGAUCAAAGGAGGAACAGCAGUGUAAACAGUAAGUCAAGAGCUGAAAUAAGCUUUGAAGACCUCUAUCGGACAAAACAGAAUGUUCAGUGCCAAAGCGAUCCCGUUGAGUUGCUACUAAUGAACACCAAGGAUAGGCUGGUGACGGAGACAGAGGAGCGGAGGGCUCCACUUGCCACCAUGGAGAGUCUUUCUGACAAUGAGUCAGUCUACAGUUUUGAUUCUCGCCGAUCCUCGGGAUUUCGCAGCAUCAGGGGCUCUCCAAGUCUGCACGUCGUAAUGGAGAAAGACGAGUCGCCUUGUUUCUACAUUGAUCCAGCAAUACCAGAGGAGAACCCCUCUCUUAGUUCCCGAACUGAGUUACUUGCUGCAGAUAGUUUAUCUAAACAUUCACAGGAGGUACAACCAUUCGAUCCACUGCAGAACAGCUGUUACUCUCUGCCCAGCCCCCUGCAAGCAGAUUUUGGUGAGCAGGAAUACAAACAAAGCGCAGAAGUGGAAGAUGAUAGCUUCUCAGACACGUUGCUAAUGGAAGACGAGAGCAAAGAGUGGACGGGGAGCCUGCGAGAGGUGCCGAGUCCACAAGUGCUUGAAUUUGCCGAAUUUAUAGACAGCCUUUUCAAUUUGGAUGGGAAAAGCAGCUCCUUCCAAGACAUUUAUCAUUUGGUACUUGAAGACAACUUAGAAGAAUAUAAUGAAAUUCCCAAGUCAGUAAGUGAGCACGAGAUUCUGAAGCGGGCACAGUUUGAACCCAAUUUGGUGCCAAAACCACCACGUUUGUUUGUCGGAUCGGCAGAUGCUGGGACCUCAUCUGGGAUCUCGGUGUCGCCUUCCUUUCCAUUUAGUUCUUCAGGAGAACUGAUGGACAUUACUCCAACCUGCAUUAGCAGCCAGGAGUGCCUGACUAUGGAUACAAAGUUGAGAACUUCAACUCCAGCAGACAACCAAUCCAACUCUAAUAAGCCUGCAGAACGUAUCAUCUCAGCUCUAUAGAACCCCGGUCAAGUACUGACUGAGCAUGCUAAUUAUAUGGUGUUUUCCUUAAAGAGUAGGACUGUGAAAUUUUAAGAGUAAUAGUAAACCACUUGAGCCCAAAAUGGCAAAAUGUUGGUACUGAACCAGUAUAAAAGACUCAAGAAAUAAAGACCUGAUCUUACUGGUAAUUAUCAUGCUGAAGGAUGUUAAAAUGUAGUUAACCUGCACUUUCCCAUCCAAUUUAUUUUUAAUCUCUUGGUAUCAUAUAGGAUUAAGAAAUAUAAAAAAAUCAUGAAACUAAUGUUGAUGUUUAAUUAUCAUGCAAAGGAGAAUAUCUUUUUUUUAAAUUAAAUGUUGUGAUGUGGAAGUCACAGGUACGAUCUCCAUUCAUGGUCUGUUUCUAAUUGCCCAGGAACAAGUCAAGUGCUGGUGGAACCACUGCCUUGAAUCAUUGGAUUUCUUGUGAUGAACAUCACGAGAUUGUGGGGUAAAGAGUUCUUAGAUUUUUGUUGGCAAAGGUUGGUGCUGCAUUUACCCAAUCCAGAACAUUGCACGAUGUUGAGAGGAACUUGUCAGUGGUAACAUUUCUGCAGGACUGUUACCCUUUUUAUGUGAUGGAAAUUGCAAGCUUGGCAAGAUGCUGUAGUGCAUUUUAAAGAAUAGUAUCAAACACUGCCAUGGUACACAGGUAGUCGAUUAGUUACCAGGCACAUAAAUCACUGCAGAGCUUCGCGAUUGGUGAGGGAAUCACGAGGCUAGCUAUUUACAAUACAACAUCCAGUUAUAACAUCCAACAAUAUUGUCGAUCAGGUUAAGUUUCUGAUCCAUGGUGCCCUCCAGUAUUUUUAAAUAAUUUUCCCAAAGGAUAUGUUUUUUAAAUUUUUUAGUUUGACGAAUAACAGCUUUCAAAGUCUAUCACUUAGGUACAGGCACUAUUCAAGAACUCUGCAACUCAAAUGAACCACAUUCCAAUAUCUGGCAUUAGUGUUGCUGUUACCAGCACCACACUCGUCAGUGUUUGUAAAUACACGUUGGAUAUAACUAGGAAACUGAAUGGUACAAAAUCCAAAUAAAAAUGGAAAUUCAUAGCAGUUUAAACUGAAAAUAAAAAGGAGCUAGUUAAUAUUUUGAUACCUAGUCUCAGUGAGUUUCAAAUAAGACAGAAGAUGCUGCAAACACUCGGGUGGUCAGGCAGCAUCUGUGGAAAGAGGAUCAUUAACUCAAUUGAGUGUUUCCAGUAUUUCCAAUGUAUUCUGUUUUUAUUUCAGAAUUCCAGCAUCUGCCAUUUCGUGAUUGCAUUGUUUCAAUAUCAGGAUUUAACUCAAUCACCUCAUUCUGGUUAUGAUCAACUUAUUGAUUACUAUCAUUAACAAUUCUUUUUUUAGUACAAAAAAAUGUAGAGAAGUUGUUAACAUUUUACUCUAACAAAAUUAAUUUAUUUCUAUUAGAUUAAGAUAUUUUGUAGGAAAUAUUUUAAUCCAUGUUGCAUUGUAUAAGCUAUUAAUAACUUAGUUUAGUUUAGAGAUACAACACGGAAACAGGCCCUUCGGCCCACUGUGUCUGCGCCGAGCAGCGAUCCCCGCACAUUACCACUAUCCUACACACACUAGGGAUAAUUUACAAUUACACCAAUCCAAUGAACCUACAAACCUGUACGUCUUUGGAGUGUGGGAGGAAACUGAUCUUGGAGAAAACCCACACGGUCACGGGGAGAACGUACAAGGUCAGUACAGACAUCACCCGUAGUCGGGAUCGAACCCAAGUCUCCAGCGCUGUAAGGCAGCAACUUUACUGCUGCGUCACCAUGGCCACCUUCCAUGUGUUGUGUUUUGCAGAAAUAUCAUUGUUGCUUGAAAUUCAAUUCUUCUAUUAUUUAUAGGCAUAUGCUAUUGCUUAUUCUGAUAGGAUAAUCUUAAUAUGGAAAACAAAUUUGGCUUCAUAGCGACAGCAAAUUAUUAUUUCCCUCCCCCCCUCUCCUGGUUAUUAAUUACAAGAUUGGCAGGUGUACAAGCUGAUACAAGGGAGGAUAGGUACUGACAAUAGGUGCAGGAGUAGGCCAUUUGGCCCUUCAAGCCAGCACCACCAUUCAAUGUGAUCGUGGCUGAUCAUCCACAAUUCCUGCUUUCUCCCAAUAUCCCCCGACUCCGCUCUCUUCAAGAGCCCUAUCUAGCUCUCUCUUGAAAGUAUCCAGAGAACCGGCCUCCACCGCCCUCUGAGGCAGAGAAUUCCACAGACUCACAACUGUGUGAAAAAGUGUUUUCUCAUCUCCGUUCUAAAUGGCUUACCCCUUAUUCUUAAACUGUGGCCCCUGGUUCUGUACUCCCCCAACAUCGGGAAUAUGUUUCCUGCCUCUAGCGUGUCCAAACCCUUAAUAAUCUUAUAUGUUUCAAUAAGAUCCCCUCUCAUUCUUCUAAAUUCCAGAGUACACAAGCCCAGCCACUCCAUUCUCUCUGCAUAUGACAGUCCCACCAUCCCGGAAUUAACCUUGAAUUAACUUUUGGAAUGUGGAGAUGUUGGGCUGUGUGCACACUUCACAACAGUGGUUUUUUGGUUGCAGUAGAAUAUGAUAGUUGAGGAAUAGAAUGUUAGGCUGUAAACAUCCUGUCAUUUCUCCGAGUGGUCUAGCAAUUCUAUAAAUCUUUCCAUGCUCAAAUUUAAGGUUGUAAUAAACAUGUCAUCAAUUGCUGUAAUGCACCAUUAUAUUGCUACCACUGUUUCAACACAUGUAUCAUAGUUACUUUGAAAGGAUGGGUAUUUAUGUGCAGAUGGCAAAAUUAAAUUUUAGGUGCCUGCAUACUUUAGAUUUGGAAGUUUUACAUUUGGGGAGUGUUGAAAAAUAUGUUGGCGAUUACUUAAAAAGUAAGCAAAGGCUUACUCUUUUUGAUAGCAGUUCCCAUUGGCUCUUUAACCAUUGUUCUGUAUAGUUGUUAUAUCUAGUUUUCAAUUAGUAUUGCCAAAAUCUUUGACCAUUUGAGCAAUUCUAUCACCAAAUGUUUCACUAUGCACUCAGAAAAUAUAGGUAUAGCAUAGCAGUGAGGCAGCUGUUUAAGGAUAUUUCAUUCUUUUAGAAGACCACAAAAGGAUUGAUGUUAUGUAAACCACAGAUCUGAUAACACAGUUGUCACAACAAAUGAGUUCCUGCACAGAUUGUAUAAAAUUCCUACUCUAGCGAUAAGAUUAAGUUUUAAUUAGAUAACCAUGGAAUGAUUAAGGGUAUUCAGUUGCUGUUUCUCCUCCUCCCCCCCCCCCCCCCCCCCCC